AUGAAUCUUUCCAAUGUAAAAUCGGCCAAGAAUGGCCUUCUUUCUGUUUGUUUCAAUCAAGACGCCAAUUGUUUUGCUUGUGGUCUUGAAAACGGUUUUCGAAUAUAUAAUACAGAUCCACUUCAUCAAACACAACGACAAGAUUUUAUUGAUGGAGGAAUUGGACAAGUGGAAAUGUUAUUUCGUUGCAACUAUGUGGCGCUCGUUGGUGGUGGUAAAUCACCGAAGUAUUCUCCAUCGAAAGUCAUGAUUUGGGAUGAUGCGAAAAAGCGCGUCGUUAUCGAAUUAGAAUUUUCAACAGAAGUCAAAGGUGUUCGUUUACGUCGAGACAGAAUUAUUGUCGUACUUGAAACAAUGAUCAAGGUUUAUACAUUUACACAAAAUCCACAACAAUUACAUGUCUUCGAAACAUGUACUAACACACGUGGGCUAUGUGUUGUUUGUCCAUCCGGUUCGAAGUCAUUCAUUGCUUACCCUAGUCGAACAAUUGGGCAAGUUUGCUUAGUCGACUUAGGCGCAACAGAAAAGCCCCUUGCAGAAAUUCAUGCACAUGAAGCGUCUAUCAUGUUUCUUGCUAUGAAUAUGGGUGGUACCCGAUUAGCGACUGCGUCGGAAAAAGGAACGCUGAUAAGAAUAUUCGACACUGAAACAAAUCAAUUACUUAACGAAUUGCGCCGCGGUGCUCAUCAUGCCACAAUCUAUUGUAUAAAUUUUAAUCAAGAUUCAACACUUUUAUGCGUUUCAAGCGAUCAUUCAACAGUACAUAUUUUUUAUAUUGAAGAAUCACAGAAAAACAAGCCGCGUUCAAUAGGUGCCGUUGCAUUCCUACCAAAAUAUUUUAAUUCCCAAUGGAGUUCUUGCAAGUUUCAUCUACCUGAAAAUACUAUAAGUAUCUGUGCAUUCGGGCCAAAUUCGGAUACGAAUAAAACAGUGAUAGCUCUUUGCUCGGAUGGUUCAUAUUCGCGUUUUCUAAUCACACCGAAAGGGGAAUGUAUACAAGAUCAAUGUCGACAAUUUCUCGAAGUCGGUGAAGACGGUUCAAAUUUAAUUGGUGCUACAUCGAACUGA